AUGCCUAGUCAUGAAGAUACAGCCAGAGGUGAAAUUAUUCCAGAAAUAAAAAGUCUCAUCACUGAUAUCUGUUCUCUAUUAUCCCCAUUAUUUCUUAUAUCAAAUUUAAGCAGCAUUCCUGUGACAGACCAUAUGAACAGAUUUGUUGUGCAUAUUAAAAGAGAUAUAUAUCCAAUAGCAUCAUCACAGUACUUAUCACCACUUAAUGGUCCAUAUGAUGAACAUAUUCCUUUAAUUAUAAGCAAUGGAACUCCUCCAAGGCUUGAAAAAGAAAGCGCUGCAAUUGCUGAAUACUUGAAGCUGCUUGGGGGGGUUAGAAAAGGAAUAAUCAGAUAUGAGAAGAAGCAGGAGAGGAUUACUAGUAUCAGAGGAACCACUAAAACUGGCCAAAGAUGGGCAAAUGCUGAAAAUUCCACUACUUUUAUUGCGGUUCAAAAAUUAAAAAUAAGAAAAAAGAACCGUGUGCAGCUGCCAGAGAGAUAUCUGUUUGAUUCUUUGGUAAAGAUGUUUGUGUGGGUUAGGUAUGCGCCAGAAAUAGUAAUGACUGUGACUGGAACCAUCCCUGUAAUGCAAGAGCGCAAGAUGCUCAAAAAGUCCAUCUUUAUGUGUGGAAGGAAAAUAAGUGCAGUCUAUAUUUUCUGACUCCCCCCCCCCCCCUCCGUGAGCGAACAAAAAAAUUUUGUUCGCUCACGGAGGGGGGUUAUUUUUUUUUUUUAAAAAAAAAUUUAUAUAUAAAUUUUAUAAAAAAUAUUUUCUUCGAAAUUUAAAAAAUCCUAAUUUGCAAAAAUUGGGAAGCAAAUAUUAAUUUAAUUUGCAAAAUUUAUGUUUUAAAAACGCAAUUUGUUUAAAAAUUAAACAGAAUUAGCUCUAGAUUUCAUUAUACUAAUUAUCACUUAUAUAUCAAAAUUUUUUUCCAUUAAAAUUUUUUCUAUUAAAAAAAUUUUUGUUCACUCACCACGGAGGGUGGGUUUUUGGUCAAAAAAUGGCGAUUUUUCUAAUGGUUUUGUUCGCUCACGGAGGGGGGGGGGGAGUGAGGUUUUCUGGGCUGAUAUUCUUGAUUAAUUUAUGAGAAAUAG